AUGGGAAAUUAGUUUUGUUUCGUUUAGUGCAUGGGAGAAUUUUUAUUGAAGCACUAUAAUUCCCAUGAAGUAUUGCGCUUUCAGCAGUGAUCUAAUAAGUUUGGUGUCUCGGGCUCCAAAAAGCUUCUUUUAAGGGUAUACAUAGCACCAUGCAGAACCAUUACACCUGUCCAUAUGUCUCAUUGUUGCUUAUAGCAUGACACUGCAGACAGUCACAGUCUUUCAGUGAAGUGAACCAUUCCUGUUGUCCUGAAAAUAUUCCAUGGUAUAAGCCACAAAUGACUGAUACAGCCCUAAUUCUACAAACAUGGUAUUUUACUGUGUUGUUGGGUACUGCCGUAACAUCCCAGGUGAUGGAAUUGCAUUAUUCAAGUUUCCCAGUCGUGAGAAAUCACCUGUCAGGUACAGCAAGUGGGUGGACUAUGUGAAGACUACAAGGACAUGGAAUGACACUGCUGCAGUUGCCCCUCAUAUUUGCUCUGCUCAUUUCUCUGAUGAUCAGUUUGAGAACGUUUUACGGGUUCGCAUGAAGUUUGGGAAAACAUUAAAGCUCAAGCGUAUGGCUAUUCCAGAUGUCGCACAUGUCACAGAAUUCUUGCAUAAACAAUCAUCAAACAGAAGGUCCAGAUCACACUGUGAGACAGAUUCUACAGCUAACAGAAAGAGGCCACAUACUUCUGUGGACUGUGAUGUCACUGUCAAAAAAGACAUGCCAGGUUGCUUUGCCAAGGGUUGUGCCACUCACUCUGGUAGACUUCAAGAGGGGCAGUCCAUGUAUAGUUUUCCAAAGGACAAGGAAUUGUGCAUCACUUGGUUAACACGCUGUGGAACUGAUGUUGAAAGCGUCUCAGAGUUUGUGUCAGAGGUGACCCGUAGCAAGAUUCCAAAAUAUUAUUUGUGCUCCUCACACUUUGAGGAGCAAAUGUUUGAGCAAAACUAUAUGCUUCAGCUGCAGACUGAUCAAAUGAAACCAUUGAAAGUAAGACGUCAUUUGGUUCCUGGUGCUGUUCCAACAAUUUUCAAUCUAACACGGAUUACUCAGCAUCAUCAACUUCAGGUUAAAAGCACCAGACACAAAGGAGUUAGUUCUACAAAUCAGAUGUCCCAUGUCAAGAAACGUCGUAGAGCAUUUCACGUCAGUUGUAAUGAUGAACCAACUAGAGAUGUUGCUGUCCAGACUGAGUUAAUACUGAGAAGAGUUCCCAGGAAAGAUGCCACUAUAAAUCCUAGAACACUUCAGGAUAAGGCUAUUCAGGCAACAAAUAAUUGUACAAAGUGGACUUUAACAGAUAAUCUUAUAGCGAAGUAUGCACUGGUGAUUGAAAGUAAUGGAGCUAGAGACCCAGCAGUCAAGGUGGAAACAUGAUCUGUCUACAUCAAAAGUUACCAUUUGGUAGCUAUUGCUCCUUUUCAGUGACCGGUCUGGCUUUGUUUCAUGAUAUUCACUGUAAGAUCUUACUCAGGGAUUUAUGCAAGUUUUGCAAGUUUUUGUACAGUGCAAACCUUUUUGUUGUUGUCUUGUAAAGAAAUCCCAUCACUUCAGAUAAUGUCAGUAGUUGGAACACAGAUGUGGCACCUGUGGCUUGUGAGAUCUGUACAGAAUUUUAAACUAGCUGUUUCUAGUCUUCCAUGUGUCUGGAGUGUUAGAGAUCCUGAGGCAAGACUAGUACGGCAUAUGUCAUAUGCUGGAUUAUCUUGUGGAAGAAGACCGUGUGACAGCAGCCUUUCUUAUAGCUGAUUCAAGUGGCUGCUUGAAACGUAAAGGAAAUGUAAGUUGUAACCUGCUUAUAGCAGCUCUUACUAACAAGCUUAUCACAUGUCCUGUUUGAGAAGUGAACAGCAGAAUAAAGUAACUCUUUUUUUUUUUAAUAUUCAGUCUCAUAGAGCUGAUGAGUGACUUUUGUGAAGUGGACCAGCAACAACAGAAGUAGCAGUGUACUGUUUUCCACAGUAUCCGCGUAGGCUUUAUGUGUAUUCUACGAAGUAUUAUUUAUCUAACUUUUGAAAUGGAAUAUGCUGUAUUGCAAUGAAUUGAUAAAGAAAAUUAAAUAUUGCAUUUGUUUUCCUUUUAAGCCAAAUUGUUUUAAACAGUGGCACCUAAAUGAAGCUGUAAUCCUGUAAAUCAUCCAUACGUUGUUAAGUAUGAUAAUCUAAACUCAGGAAUGCUGGAAUACUGUUUUCUUUCCUCCCAGCAUCUUCAAAAGUGGCAUUUUUGUAUAUAUAAGUAAUAAAUUAUCUUUACUAGAUGACCAUUAUUAAGUUAUAAAUGAAUUUUGAAUUCAA